UGAAGGGGCAACAUGAGGGGAUGAGAACAAUUUCCCACUGCCAUGUGCCCACCUCCCCUGGCCUCCCAAGACCAAAAUGGGAGCAGGGGGACAGGUGACUCUGCAGAGUUCAGGUGUUAGAAGAUGAGAGGGAGGGACUGGGAGCUUGAAGAAGGUUUUUCCAUCUACAACCAAGUCAACUGCCUCACCAAGCUUAGUCGUGGAUGCCCAGGGGCGGAAGAGGCCUAGGUCUCGAGAAGCUUUGGGGAUCUUCAGUCAGACCGUGCGGGGCUGUGAGGAGAAAAAGCAUAUGAGCCCUAAACAAGCUGGAUGUUGUAGCUGAGAGCCCGGGAGCAGUACUGGCGCCGCCAGGAACAGGAAGAGGUGCGGCUGACAGAACACCUGGAGGACCUGAGCCAGGAGCUCCUCUUCACUCCAGGCAAAGACUCCAGGCAGCAGCGGAGGGCUGCUGAGGAGGCCUAUGUAGCCCUGGAGACCCGCUGCCUGCAAGAGACUGAGAGGAGAGCCAGAGCCCUGAACAUGCAGAGUGGCCCAGUGCAAGGCCUGCUCUCUCAAGGAGACAGAGAGGAGUGGGAACAGGAGGCACAAGUGGCGCUGGGCAUGGGGAAAGUCCUGCAGAGUUUAGGACAGGCAGCAGAAAAGCUCAGGCAAGCAGCUAGCUGGCUGCAGGGCCAGGAGGAAGAGAUGUGGCUACAGCAGAGUAGGAAUCAGAGUCCACAGAUCUGGAACUGUCCCGGAAAGGUGGUUCAGCAUCUCUCUGAUGAGCUUCAGGUGGUGGUGAGGGAGAGACAGAGCUUCCUGGAUAGGGCCCUCGGUCAAUUGCAAUACCAACGGGAGCUGAGCCGCCUCCAACUCUUGCACACUCAGAUUGUUGCCUCAGGAACCCCUGUGUGUUUGGAGAAUUACCUUGAAGACAUAUUUUUACGGAACAAUCACCACUUCUCUCAGGGACCGGACUGCUGCCUGGCCACUGUCAGUGACCGGGCUGCUGCCUGCUCACUGUUGAUCCCCUUCCUGAAGAGCCUCACUGCAGCGCUAGUGGGAUCUCAAGGCCAUGGCCUAGGAUUGGAGGAUCAGGGUCCUGGAACAGAUGCAGAUAACGUUGACGUCAUGUGGACCUCACCACUCUUCUCCAGCCUGAAGAAAGUAGACAUCUGGUCCCAACCCCACAAGGAGGGAGCUGAACUGCAAGGACAAGCGCAUCACAAACCAGGUGACCUCCUUUCCCUGUAG